AUGAAUACUGGGCAGAUCUCUCGCCAGACAGCAGAAGAGCGUGACACAGGGAUUGAGAUGGGCGAUCCUGAGAGGGUCCCUGAUGUAUCUGGAGGAGAGGCGGAUGGUGCACAGGGACCCUCGCAGCCCGUAACCGUCCUGGUGAAAUCUCCAAACCACAUUAAGCUCACACUGAUUUUUGACUUGCUCGAGGCGCUGGAUUCUGAUGAAAAGGAGUAUAAUUCAGAUGGAGGGAAAGGGGGUGACUAUCUGGGAGUUGAUGACGUUUGGAGGAAGAAAGCCCUACGAUGGAUUCCCACACGUGAGAUUCCAGACAUCUUUGGAGAAGGCGAGCGUUUGCCCAGCCACCAUCUGCACCAUAUUCUUCUCUACAUGGGAUGGUCAAAUGGGGAUGAUCGCAUGAAGCUGCCCAGAGCCCCACCGCACAGUAAGUUCUUCCAGAGUCUUCUAGAUGAGGAGGAGGCUGAUGACCUGAUGGAUACGCAACUGAAGUGUCGUGAAAGAGUUUUUAGCCCAGAAGACAAGAUUGGAGCUUGUUCUCAUGAUACUUCUGGUACAGCGAGUGCCAUCUUCAUUCCUAUAAGCACACAAGGUGCUGGUCUCGAUGCCCUUGAGGAACAACACUGUAAUGGGAGCUUGAAAAAACAGCCCAUGUCUGCUGGAGACGACUGUGACGGCCAGCGCUACAGCGCAGACCCAACUGUCUUUUUCGGAGAAAGGAAUCAGAAGACCACGGGUGAAGAUGGUUACAUGAGCCCUAUGAACAAAUCAGCCUCAGACCAUCUUAGUCCUGUCGAGGAGAAUCCUUUUGUAAACCAGCGGAAAAAUGGAAAUAUUACUGCACUGGACAACCCUGGUUACCACAGCACCCCUGAUAGAAAACCCAAGGGUGAGGAUGAGUACAUCAAUGAACCCCUUUACCUCAACACAUACAACAACACGACGAACGAGAUUAUGAGGAAAAAUGGAGCUUCCAUACCGCUACAGAUGACAACAGCAGCCAACACCGCAAGUAGCCACGUUAUCCUCUCAACACAAACUGGGAAAGCCCACCACCAUGGCCAGGGAACACAUGUUCAUUUCGCCGUUCCACCUGUUCAGCCCCCCCAAACAAGAUCGAUGAGCCAAAAUGACCAGCAUUCCCAGUCGCCACACAGUGCCGAUUCCAAUUCCUCCAGCAUGUCUGGCAAUCCCUCUUUAUUAACCCAAAUCUCCUUUGUCAGCCAACAGAUCCAACCUUGUCUGGUGAGUCAGUCAGGCUCUUCAACUCAUCCGGCUCAAGUGGCGAAAUCUGCAGUCACUAGUAAAAGUAUAUCUGGCCUUCCUGGCCACCAUGUCUAUCCAGGUAACAUGCUUCAAACGGGUCAUUCUGGGACUGUAAUGGUCGACAGGAAGUCGAAGAAGAAUUUUGAUAAUCCUGACUACUGGCAGCAUAGUCUACCGCCCAAGGCGACCCAACCAAACCCUCAAGAUCCAACUCAAGUGUGCAAAAGCAAGCCUCUCUACAGGCACAGCAUCCGAAGUCGCAUCGCUGUGGCUGACAACCCUGAGUAUCUUUCUGAGUUUAACAGGAGACCGGGAACGGUUCUGCCACCUCCACCUUACCGGCACAGGAAUACGGUAGUGUAAUGCCGCAGUUCUAGGGAGCCAGAUUCUUCUACCAGCACAGUAUGCUAAAUUGGAAUUACUGUAGAACAGGAAAACUCCCAGCUUCAGGAAUUACCGAAGGAGACUUGUCAGACUUUAAAGGGAAAACCGAUCAACCAAAGUGCCUCUAAACUAUUCCAAAAGCUAUUCCAUCUUUCUAUUCCAACAGAUCAGAAUUUAAUCAGAUCUACAUCCUUUAAAGGGGAAGUGUGAACCAAAAAUGGACAUUCUGUCAUCAUUUAUUCUCCCUCAUGUCACUCCAAACCUAAAAUACUUUCAAACACAAAUAAAGAUACUUUAUUUUUUAAUGAAGCCUGAUGUAUGUCCCUCCACUGUAAGGUUGUAAGGUUUGGUAAAACCUUACAUUUUUAUUCAAUAUUAAUGACAAAUAUUUAUUUUACCAAAGACCAAAAAUUUACAUUUGUAUCUCUCUCUCUCUCUCUCUUUCUCUCUCUCUCUAUCUCUCUCUCUCUCUCUCUCUCUCUCUCGGUCUAGUAUGUCUUCUGCACAUCACCACUCUGGUGUCAUACAAAUUUUUUUUUCUUUUUUAUUAUUUAUUUAUUUUAUUUAUUUAUUUUAUUUGCUUUUAAACAAACUAGACCCGGAAACCAUGAUUUUCAUUUAGACCAGAAUAAAAAUGCACUUUACAUAAAUUACAGUGUUUUUUUUAUUUAUUUUUUUAUAAGUGUACAGCAAAACUUUCAAAAAGUUCAUAAAGAUAUCCUUAAAAUAAAUCCAUAUGAUUAGUUUGAUCUCACAUGUCAAGCAAGUAUGUUUGAGCUUCCAUUAAUCAUAUUUGAUGAGCUCUAUGCAUAUUGAUUAGUGUUUAUGAAUAAAUGCCUAAAUUAAAUCAUAACAUUAAGCAAUCAUGUCUCUGCAAAAGAUUUAGAUUAAACCUCUUUAUAUGGAUUUCUUUUAUGAUCUCUUUAAGUUUUGGUGAUGGGACAUAAAUAUCUCAGGUUUCUUUUAAAAUAUCUUAUUUUGUGUUUCAAAUAUAAAGUCUUAUGUGCUUUCUUGGGUUAAAUGAUGAAAGAAUAUUCAUUUUUGUGCGAACUAACCCUUUAAUUCUCACCUCUGACUGAUUCUCCUACAGUUAGGUGCAUCAUGACAUUGUAGACACUGGGUAAGGAAGGAAAGGAAAAACAAGAAAUCACAUUCUCUUGUGUUUUUUCAAAAGGAAAUGGACUUUAAUAUUGUUUCUUUGUGGUUUAGACCAGCUGUCUUUUUGACCACUUUCCAUCCAUCUUGUAUUGUUGCUGUAAGCUAUAUUCUCUUCCAUUUUCUUGACUGAAGGACACUGAUGCGUUGCGAAUCUUGGAUCGCCCUCAAGAAAACCGGGGUACCGUAACUCUUAUGUGAAUGAGACGUUGUGGAUUGUAAAUUGGUGCAUCUUCUUGUACUGUAGUGGAUUUGAUAAUGGACUACACUGCUAUUUAUUUUCAGUCAUUCAGUUCUUCUUCAUGUUUUUUUAAAGAACUUACCAAUUUCCCCGAAUUUUGUACUCAUAUAUGGGAAUUAUUAACAAAUCUGAUACACAGGCAGAGAAAGAGCACAUGGGCAGCCAUACAGCUUCUUGAGCUAAUGGGAAAUAAGUGCCUUUCUCAGUGGCACAAAAGCAUCGGUGGACGUGCCAAUGGAGUGAUUUGACCUGGAAUCUUUAACUGCUGUAAAUAUAUGUGAAACCAAUUUGAAUAUUUACUACUACUGAGCCACCCAUGUCAAAAUAGACUCACCCAGAGCUGGGAGCCAUGUAUUGAAAAUAUGUUGUUGCAUUUAAUUCAUCUAGUAAUGAAUUUAACGGCAAGAUCGAUUUAUUCUGGAAGGCAAUAUUACAGGUGAUGGAGGGCACAAUACAAACUCAAACUACUGAUCUCCAAUGGAGAGUUUUACAAUGUACUGUGACAGAAAAUACUUUUGUCUGAAAUGUAUUCUGCUCUCAGUGAGAGUGUGACCGUAUUGUGGCCAGGGAGAAACUGUUCAUAUGUUUUAUAAACUGUAAAUGGGCGUUUGUCAUUAAUUAUGUCAGAGUGUCAUAGCAGAUAAGAAGUUGUGACUGUGCAAAUUUGGUCCUGAACAUACCAUGCUGUAAUUCUGAGACUUUGAUUUGCUUUUGACUGAACUGCCGUGGGAGAUGUAGCUAGAUUUGUUUGGCUUUUUUGAUUUAAUCUUUUCUUUGCCUUGUACUGUUGUUUGUUUUGGGGCUAUUCCAAAAGAUGCAUCUCAUCCCUGUUGUAAUUCUGUUUGAUGCAAUGACACAAUAAAGGUCUUGUUUGAGAUUU